AUGAAUUCUCUACAAUUUUUAUUGCAAUGGCUUCAUCUAAGCUUUAUAUGUCUCCAGAGCACUGUGUCUGCUGAAAGGUUUAAUUUACGGGGGCUCAAUCCUCUAGGAUCGAGGCUUUCGAAAAGCUCCGAUAAAAUGGCAUCCACCUCCGGUUUAGAAGAUUUUAAAACAUUUUAUUACAACCAAACUCCUGACCACUUCAACUUCAUGCCUGAAAGCUACACCACUUUUCAACAAAAAUAUGUGAUCAAUUUUAAGUAUUGGGGUGGUGCUAAUGCUAGUGCACCAAUCUUUGCCUAUCUUGGUGCUGAAGAUGCACUGGGUAAUUCUUAUCUGAGCUUCAUUGGAUUCCUCACUGAAAAUGCUCCCCAUUUCAAAGCUCUACUAGUGUAA